AUGGCGCAUGUGUCCCAUGUCCUCCGGUACGACGGUGUUGCUACCAAAGACGCAGCAGGCGCUGGUACCCCUCAGACUGCAGGACCCCAAGCCGUCGAUUAUCGCCCUCCGGCCAAUCAGCAGACGAGAGGACAGGCCGAAGUUCGGGCCCCCACUUUGAGCCCGGAGGCAAAUCGUCCAAGUGAUGAUCUGAUCGUUUAA